UGUUGCGGGGAACCCAAACCCAACCGACCCAAGAGCGGCCAGAAGCGAUCGGCCUCUGACAUGUACGGGUCUACCUCCGACCUGGACUAUGACUAUUACCGCAGCGACUUCUACGACAGCGCUCCCCCAAGCAGGCAGUCGGAGGGCUACGAGAUUCCGUCACUCACCAGGAUGUACCCGUACCCGAGCCGGGUGCCGCCGCCCCUGCCCAGGCCGGUCACCAUUGCCAAGCGCCCCCGGGUCACGGUCCCCGUGCCGCGAAGAGGCAAAGGCAGCUUCAACACCAAGUCUGGGCAAAAAUCAGCUGCCUCGGGCAAACCAGUGAAAGCCAAUGACCUGGCCACCAUCAAGAAGGAGUUGACUCUGAUCAAGAGCAAAGUGGAUUCCCUUCUGGACAGUCUGGAGAAGAUUGAGAAGGAGCAAAGCAGCCAGACGGAGAGCAAGAGCGAGAAGGCGGAGGAGGGGAGCAGCAGCAAAGCUGGCUGCGAGGCCAAGAAAGCGGAGAGCGAGGGGACUGGCGAGGAAGGGGACACCCUGGAGGACGACGAGGACGACCAGCUGCACGACAGUAAAGCACGUAAGGACGAAGAGGAGGGCGAGGACGAUGGCGGAGACGACACCAACAGCCAAGACGACCAUUAAGACACGAGGCAAACGACAAAACCCCUUAAUGACCCCCUCCCCCCUCUCUCUCUCUCUCCCUCGCCCUCUCUCUCUUUCCCCUCCUCUUCCCCUCCCCCACUCCCCUUUCGAAAGAAAGAAAAACACCUUGUCGUUCCCAGUCGGUUCUCAUUUUCGUCAGGCCCAAGUGGCGGCCAUUUUGGAAACUGGAUUUUUAUUCUGAGCUUUAAAGGAGGUGUCUCAAAGUGUGGGGGUGGGGCGGGGGGUGCGCAGGCUGUCAUUUCAUCCUCUUUCCCCUGACGAUACCACCACCCCCCAUGACAACGAUGACCCCCUCCACCUCACACAGCUCUGACGGUGGGGGGUUCUUAAUACCCGGGAAUCGUUUUGCGAUGGGCGUGUGGCAGGAGUGUCUCUCUCUGUGUUUACCCCCUCCCCACACCUCACAAUUUCCCGCCCCUUUUUACGGUUUACAUUUCUUCCCCCCCCCCCGACCUUUUCCAAAACAUAAAAGAGCUUUCGUAUGUGCUCUGUACCGAAAUGUGCAGCUGUUAGUCUCUGGUGGUGGGGGUUAAGG